AUGCCGGAGGGUGAGGCGCUGAAUGGUCCGCUUUGCUGCGCGGCCAUCGACCACGCGGCGAGUGCUGCGGACGUGUUGCAGGAGCUGGAGAUGUUUCUGCACGGCUUGCAUGAGCGGCAUGCAGCCAUCCACCAGGAAAUAAAGGGGUUGACAGAGGAGCUGCUGGGGCACGGCCUCCGCCCAUGCCUCAACGCACUCCGUGAGAAGUGCCAGCAGCUGGAGACCACUUUCCACGCGAUUGACCAGCUGCAGCAGACAAUGGAUCAGAUCAAUCAGCUUAUUCUCACUGUUCACGCCACGCUAAAGCCCAUUGACACUUCCCCGGAUGUUGUGGGAAAGGCUUCCUCCUUGCUCGCCUCUUUUGGCUUUGCGCUGAAGAGUGAGCGGGCCAACGCGGGUCUGUGGUCACGUGUGCCGUCGUAUGCAAUGCUGGAGAGCCGCACCCCGAAGGAGUUUCUCGAGGGGAUGCACACUGUCUUCGCCCCUCUUUGCUCGAGUGAAAAUCCAUGA